CAAGAUCACAGUGCCAGUGGUUUUCAUGUACAUACUCUUGUUGUGACUGAUUGCCAAUAAUAUUGGUCCUGGCAAUUAUUUCCAGAAACAGUCAUGCAGUGAAAUCAAAGUGCAUCAUUCCUUAUCUACAGACUACAGAGACAGAUUUUGUUCGUUAGACCUCCACUGUAGUCUGUACUUCUUGUGACAACAGCACUUAUUACAGAGUCAGCAUUGUGUCACUCUACGUUUGAGAUACCUUUACUUGACAACUUUUCUCGGUGUGAGAUCGUGGAAGAUACUCAACUGUACUGCAAUACUAUUCCAUCCAUAUAUCCUGCACAAUGCUAGUGGAAGCUGUCACGAAGAGCAAAGUGCUACUGUGUUUGAAAUGAUUACAUAGCAGCUUCACUGAUACAAGUAUCGACUGAGUGCUGGACCAGAUUCUCAUACAGUUGUGAGCACUCCUGAACGAAUAAGAAUGUCACUACAAAGCAGCUUAGAUCAAGAAGCAGAGUGCUUCCGUGUGCUGACGGCGUCCAGUCAUUUUGAAGUCCUGCAACUGGAAAAGACUGCCGUCGACGGUGACGUGGUACGUAAACAGUACAGAAAGAUUGCUCUGCGUGUUCAUCCAGACAAGAACCAUAGCCCUGAUGCGGAGCAAGCUUUCAAGGCAGUAUCACUAGCAUAUGACUGUCUGUCCAGUGAAGACAGCCAGCAGGACUACCUGGAUGAACUGAUACAUGGCACAAGCACUUCUAGUCAUAGUCACAGCCAAUCAGAUCAUCCCAAAAAGAAAUCGAAAUCACACGGCUCAAGCUUCAACCAUGGCGCAUACACUCGUAAAUGGUGGGAGCAGAAGUCCUGGGAAGAGGUGGAAAAAGAACUAAAGAAACAAGAAGAGGCCUGGAAGGAGCAAGUGGCACAUGAAGUUGCUGAAUACCAAAUGCGGAAAGAGAGAAAGUCAGCCUAUCGCAAGCGCCGCCAUGCUCGGGUACACAACAAACUAGCGCCGCUCUACGCCAAGUAUGGACUAAUGGAUGAAUUCUCAGAGAGGAAAGACGAGUUGAAACAAGAUGCAAAGGAGGCCUCGGCAGCGGUGUACGCUUCCACACACGACGAGACGAGACAGGCAGGACAAGUUCAAGCUCAUGGUGCUGGUCGCCAUGGGCGCGAGGAGAAAGCGGCAUCGCUGAUGAUUUGUGCGAGUGCAGACUCCUCCGAGGCAGCCACCAGUCUCUCGGUGUCGCGCCACGGUGGCAGUGCAGCAGCAUCUAGUGGUAGUCACACAGCAACUAGUACAGUCACUGAUAGAGGGCAGCAUUCUACUGCUAGUACAGGAACAAGCAGUCGCAGUGAACAUGAGCAGCAGCAGCCUGUCAUAUGUACGCUAUGCAAUCGCAAAUUCCGCGAUGACAACCACCUACAGGAUCAUGUUCGCUUCUCGCAAUUACACCAGACUAAUCUAGACAACUACAUGCAGCAAAGUCAUUCUGCUACAGCCGGUACGUAGCUGUAAUGCCCCUCCUCCGCCAUCUUACCACAUCCCGUUUGAUCUGCAGUUUUAGUACCAAAUCAAUCUUGUGAAUUAGUUGUAGGCUGCCAACAUGUUAGCCACAUCAAAAAAUUUAAUCUUUUUUAAAAUCUUUUUUCUUAAAAAUUAAUAAUGAACCUGGCAUGCAGGACUUGAGGUAAUACUAUUACGAAUUGCAAGUGUGAAACACCUGACAGUUUCUUUUAUCCAAACGUAGUUCGUGGACCAGUGCCGAUAUGCAGCAGGUACGCACACGCACACACACGCAUGCACAUGCACAACAACAAAGGAAGCUUGGCUUCUUGCCGAGUGAAUUGUCACAUCGUCAAAAUUCUUCCCUGCUAAUCAGUCCGCAAGACCAACAAGGAGAAAUCGGGAAGAAGGCUAAUGAUGCAAGUCAGAAUAUUGGGAUGCAGUAAACACCUAAACCAGUUAUUGAUUAUGCUCGGUUGCUCUAGACAAUGCCUAAAAGAAACGGAAAACUUACUGUGAUCCAUGACAAGUGAAGCGACAGAAAAGCAAUCAUCGUAACAUUUUGCAGUAGGAAUGCAGAAAGUGAUCAGGAUAAGCGCUGGUGUCCAUACGCAUGACACUCACAUGCCACAAUGUAAUCUCCACUGUCAGCAGAGUGGAGUUCGGCCAUGGUUGUUACAGUAGUAAAAAAAGAAA